UAACCCAAUCCGGUUUGCCUAUUGGACCGCCUCCUAUACAAAAAGCCCUAGAACCGUGCUCUCUCUUCUUCUUAUCGCCUCUUAACCCCUUUUCUCGAUCCCCAAAUUAACCAGAAAAUCUAUCUCCGAUUUUCUCAUAAUUUCUUUCUCUAAUCUGUAAAUCACGUAAAUAUCUUUUCAAUUCUCGUUCUUCCCUCUCGAUCGAUCUCUCUUUCUUUUGCGGCCGUUGAUUUUACGCUUUUCUAGGGUUAGGGUUCUUCGAUCUCCUCGAUCUAGCCCUUUUUGCUCCUUCAUAUCUGGGUUUAGAUCUGUCGGUUCGUUAGGGUUCGUAUCUAUCUGUGAAUUCCUAGGGGCUUUUGGUGUCUUCAGUGCGGCGUGAUUGCUUUGAGGAGUUUUGUGCAGCGACUUUAUCGUUUCCUCGGCGAAUUGGGAAUUUAGGGUUAGGGUUUUCUAGUAAAUUUGGGGCUUCUCCUGGUAGUCAAAGUAACUAGGGAAAACGCGUUUUUCUGUAGUGAAAUCAAUUUUAGUGCGUAAUUAAGUGCUAUCCUGGUCUCAAUUGAGGCUUCUAGGAGGUUUUAAUUAAUCCCUUGUUUUUUUGAGCGCCACUUCUAGCAGCUUAAGAUUUCUAUUCAACACAAUUUAGAGGUGGUAAAUGGGAUAUAAGCGGCCUUUUGACAAUGAGGAGCUGCAAGAGCUUCCUUUCAAGAAUCCAAGACAGUUUGACUAUAGCAACAAGCUGACUCAGUUUGCUGAUACUAUUCCCUGUAGUAAUACUCCUCAGAAACCUAAUAUUUCAGUAGUUGUUGAGGGUGGAUUUUGUAAAUACCAAUGGGAUGAAGCAUUUGAAUCCUAUGCUCUUAAUGAUGUUACUCAUUUGGUUGACAAGGAUUUUGAGAGUGGUGCUCCCUUAUCUUUGGUCACUCGCACUUCUAGUGAGGAAGAUAGAGGUACUGAGGCAGCAGCUAUUUUGCCUGUUUCUCCAGAAUAUUUUGACUUUGAUUUCCCACGAAGAAUGUUUACUCCUGUUGAGGAUGCCUAUUAUUUACUCGUGGAUCGGUCUCCUCGAAAACAAGUUCCGCUUGGGCCAAAUCAUCAAGCCUAUGUUCCAUCGUGGGACAGGCACAUUAAGAAGGAUAAGUUUGCUCAGAAUGAUACACUGGACACCACUGAUAAUGACAAUGAAGAGAUUGUGAUGGGAACAUGUGUCAUUCCAAUGCCUGACUCAGAUUUAUCCACAAACAACAGUGGCAAAGUUGGUGCUGGCAGAACUGACUGUAGCUGCCUGGAUAGGGGCUCUUUGAGAUGUGUGCAACAGCAUGUCAUGGAGGCACGGGAAAAACUACGAAAAUCCCUUGGGCAUGAAAAAUUUGUGAAGCUGGGGUUUUAUGACAUGGGAGAGGAUGUAGCAUAUAAAUGGAGUGAAGAAGAUGAAGAGAUCUUUCGUGAGGUUGUUUACGCUAAUCCUUUAUCUUUGGGUAAGAAGUUUUGGAAGCACUUGACAGUGGUUUUCCCAUCACGAUCCAAGAGGGAGCUUGUCAGCUAUUAUUUCAAUGUCUUUAUCCUUCAGAGACGAGCUGUUCAGAACAGAUCCAGUAUUCUAGACAUUGACAGUGAUGAUGAUGAGUGGUAUGGAAAUCAACAGGCUUAUGAAGUUCAAGCUUUAGAGGAAGAUGAAGACUCUGCUAUUGAGUCUCUUGCCGAUCAGGAAGAUCUGGCAAACCAUGGAAGAAGUUGUCUUGAUGGUGAUGAUGAUGAUGAUGAUGACAAUGAUGAUGAUAAUGGUGACUCUAAUGGUGAUAUUGAUGUUGGAGAUUAUAGCAGUGCUGAAACCAGAGAGGAUUAUGGUGUAAAUCUUUUGUUAAAAGGACAUGUCGCAAAGUCAUUUGAUGGGAGCAGGUUUGAUCCUAUUUUUCAACAAACAGACAAUGUUUCGGAGAGAGAGGAAGAUUUCAAUGUACAGGAUGACUCAUGCAUGUCUUUUGAGUUUCAGCCAAACAUGGGUGACUCUCAUAGUCUGAUCGACACAAAAGCCAAUUUGCAUGUUAGUGGAAUGAAGACUGAGCUUAGCAAGUGUUUACAGAGUAAACUAGAUGGGUCUAGUGAACUGGUGAGCCAUGUGUAUUUAUUGGACACUUGUGAUGCGAAAAUCUGGGAUGGUAGGUAUCCUACGGCUUCAACAAAAGGGAUUGAUCUCCAGCCCACAUGCAACAUUAUUGAAGAGAUUUUUGGACAAGACGCAUGGGACAACCAGAGAGAGAAAUGAGUAAUCAUCAGAUAGUGGCUCUUGAAAAGUCCCUAAGAUUUUGGUUUUUAUUUUUUCUUCUUUUCUAUUUCCCGGCAAAUUCAUUUACCAAAUGUAUUUUGCUUCUGCAUGUUAAAGUGGUCUUAAUGGGAUCUUUCUGCUUUUGUAAAUGACACAGCAAUACAGCCCUCUACCUUUCUCCGGAGUCCAAAAGCUGAGGGUAGUCCAUUCUUGGAUUCUUGAGCUCAAAUUUGUUAGAAUCUUUCUGUGGAUAAAGUAACCGUGAUUGAAUGGCAUUGACUUGUAUAAAAGUAUCGGUGUUGCCUUGUAUAUACCUAGCUCUUGUAGAGGCUUUCAUCUUUUGCUAUGUUCUAUUAUUUUUACAGAAGAAAAUAAAGUUGAGGAUGGUUCAUCA